UGUUGGUUUCGGCGGCCGCCGUUGGUGCUUCUGUUUGUGUUUCGGCAGCAGAUUGUCUUCGUGUGGCGAAAGAAGCGGCAGGGUGGUUCACUGAUUCCGUUUGGGACCGGGUUCAUCACUCGCGCUUAUCCAGAACAAAGUGAUCUCUAUUAGAAGCCGUCAGGGUCGUGUUCCAUCGCCGCGAAACCGACCUGAUUGAACACGGUCAAAAUGAGCAAGACAGCGUCGUCUCAGCGCGGAAGUGGUUGGAGCCGUGGCGGCUCGCAGGCGCAAUUCCAAGGGAAAUACAUGGCCUCCAAUCCAUCGAAUGUGCUCAGUUUCACUCUCAAUCGCACCGUUAACCUGUACCCUCUAACGAAUUACACGUUCGGGACCAAAGAAGCACUCUACGAGAAGGACCCUUCCGUCCCAGCGAGAUUCCAGCGAAUGCGCGAGGAGUUCGAGAAAAUUGGAAUGCGUCGUUCAGUAGAGGGCGUACUUUUAGUUCACGAGCACGGUCUACCCCAUGUACUUCUCCUACAGCUUGGAACCACAUUCUUCAAGCUACCCGGUGGGGAACUGAACCCCGGCGAGGACGAAGUCGAAGGAUUGAAAAGACUCAUGUCCGAGACGCUCGGGAGACAAGACGGAGUGAAGCAAGAGUGGACUAUAGAAGACACAGUCGGUAACUGGUGGAGACCCAAUUUCGAGCCAGCCCAAUACCCCUACAUUCUGCCGCAUAUCACGAAGCCGAAAGAACAUAAACGGCUAUUUCUGGUGCAGUUGCCGGAGAAAGCUCUAUUCGCCGUGCCCAAGAAUUAUAAACUCGUAGCGGCUCCCUUAUUCGAGCUCUAUGACAACUCUCAAGGUUACGGACCCAUCAUAUCGUCACUGCCACAAACAUUGAGCAGGUUCAAUUUCAUCUAUUUGUAAGCUAGAAUUCUUGAGGUAAACGACGGCUGACUUCGCUAGGCUCCAGUCGAAGGUUCAGAAAGCCGUCGAACUUGAGGAAAGUCACGUGGGAGCGAUAAGCCUCAUGUCUCCAUUCUUCUAUUAUCUGUAAAUAUUUCGCACGGCUGUAAUUGCAUGUGAGGUCGAGAUCGUACCGUAGCGAAACUCUCAAUAAAGACACGAGAAGUUCUUU